CAAAACUUUACGUCAAAAUUUGUUUCUUUCAUUUUCAAUUCUGUUUCAUGUUUCAUCGUCAAAUAAUUCUGAAAUUUUCUCGAAUACAUUAAAACGUAGUCGCAAAUAUGUUCUCAAUGUCGUGUAUACUAUGAUAAUAAGUUUAUUAAACACACAUAACAUGUGUAAAAUGAUUACUGCCUCUAAAACUGUGUGGUAACUGAUGCUUUGUAUUCUUUCAAGUGAUCUGUGAACUAUUUACGCAGCGGGGUCACGACUGCAUGAUGCUCUCGGAUGAUGCCCUGGAGAACAGACAUGGACCGCCCGGUGUUAACUCCAGAUCGUUAAGCACCGCACACUCUGCUGCAGAUCUUGAGGUGCUGCGCGAGAUCGAGCAUGUGUACUUCACGCCGGCGCGUGAGUUCGACGCGGCGCGACACGUGUUGCGGCACGCACCAGACCCUCCCACAUGCGACGCUGUUGAGCAAAUGUUCACCAAGCUCAAGCGACAGCAGCAGGUGGUUUCCAGUAAGGCACUCCAUUUAAUUUCGCAACAGAGGGACAACUGUGACCGAGAGUUCAAUGAAAUCCAAACAAUCCGCGAGCAGCUGGCGCAAACGCUGCAGACGUGCCAGGCCGCCCGGCAGCACCUGCGCACCGCCUCAAACCACCUCACCAUUUCCACUUUCGUGAUCUUGGCCAAUUUCAGAAAACGCCAAAUCAUACGCUCUGUACUGAAAUCCUUGGAGCUGCUCAGAAAUCUCCGCAGUGUGGAAAAUGAUGUGUCUGAGUUACUAAACAAGAAGGAAUACUACAAAGCUAUAGAACUGAUCCUGAAGAGUAGGAAGGCCGCUGCGAAUCACAAGGAGUUCACGUGCAUCACCGACCUGGCGACCCGGCUCCAGGACACGCUAGUAAUGACUGAGGAGAAGCUGGACUCUGUUCUAUCCGGGCUUUGUUACCAUUUCGAUGAGGUUACGUUUAGAAAACUGAGGAAGGCUUAUGAGUUACUGGGGAAGACACAAGCGGCGAUGGAGCAGCUUCACAUGCAUUACUCAUCCGCUGUCAACGAGUCGUCCAUAGAAGCAGUAAAAAAUUACAUCGGGGACGCGUCCAUGGAGGCCAAGUUUCAGGACAUGUGCCAGUCUGUGCAACCGAACAAGGCUCACGUGUGUCUGCUGAAUCUCUGCGAAAACCUGUUUAUGGUGAUGCGGAGUUAUUACCUCCUGGUUGAAUGGCACGCCAAGCAUGACGAGGAGGAGCUGCUGCCCAGCACCAACAACGUGUUCGACAUAGAGAAGAACGUCAGCCGAGAGUACAUCAGACAGAAGUUAAAAGCAGGACUGCUUAGGAUCUGGCAUGACGUUCAGGCUAAGGUGUCCACGUUCCUAAAAAGCUCCGGCUUAGAGGAGUAUCCUUUCGAGAAGUUUGUGCAAAUUCUAGGAAUACUGCGGCGACUGACUCAAGUGGCGGAGGUGUUCUGUGGCGACAAAUCUGACUUACUGCAGGACUUCAUCAAAACGCAGAGUGUGUCGUACAUCAAAAAUUACCACAGAGGCAGAAUGGAUGAACUCAAAUUGUUCUUAGAGAACGAAGGCUGGGAACAGUGCCCAGUCAAAUCUACGUUCAACAUCCUAAAUCUGCAGGAGUUCAAGCAGUUCAAGAAGUAUCUGACGUCGAGGCACGACACGUCGCGGGUUCAGAAGACGCAGUCGGACGGCACGUCUUCCGUCAACUCGCAGGACGACAGCGUGUAUGUGAUGAAAUAUUUUGACGCGCAAACAACGAGGACGCCGUUCGAAAUGUUCCGAAACGAGGACAUAACCAACGACUAUAUAUUCGGAGUGGAGCCCGACGUGGACAGCUGCGAGUCGGACGACGAGCCUGAGGAGCUGCGACGCGCGUACGUCGACGAGAACGACUUGGAUUGCAAUGGACAAAGGAUCCACGAGAGCCCCUCCAAGGUCAAAGACUGUGUUAUAGUCACCAACACAACACUCUCAGUCCUUAGGAACUGUGGCCAGUACCUACAAAUUUGCAGAUAUUUGCCUCAAAUAUCUCUGGAAGUUGUAGUUCUAAUGAACCAGCUAUUCGACUACUACUUCUAUACAGUACAUUACUUCUUCACCUCAGACCUGGAGGUGGCGUCGUCAACCCUCUACACUUCAAAGUUGACCGCACUACUCAAAAGAAUCUCGAACAACGUCAACAUGAAUGGCGAGGGGGACGGCAAGUCAUUCCCCUGUCCGGAACUGCCUCAACACCUGGAACUAAACUCGGAAGCCAACCUCCACGGACUGGCGGAACGGAUAGUCGCCGUCGAGAGCGUGAUAUUCUUGGCCAAACAGUACGAAAUACUACAACCGUACAUAGAAACAAUAGUCGCACCACACCAAAAGCUGAUCCUGGAGCACUUCAAGGAGAACACGCUAGGUGUGGCGGCGGAGCUGCGCGCGCCGGUGUACAUGAGCUCGGCGGCGCGCGUGGUGGAGCCCCGCCCGGCGCUCGUGGCCAUGUCGCAGGUCAAGUGGGACGUGAAGGCCGUCGCCGUCGAGCACAGCCCCUACGUCGACAUGAUCGUGCGCAAGAUACAGGUGUUCGCGCUGCGGCUCGAAAACAUCUGCAACCGCGUCACCUUCAAUAUGGAGGUGCUGCAGGCGGUGUGGUACAUGGUGGCCAAGUUCGUGGUGCAUCUCCUCGUCGAGGGGUUCUCCAACGCGAACAAGUGUUCCAACGGCGGCAGGGGACUGAUGCAGUUGGACUACACACAACUGCUGGUCAAGUUGGAGAAAAUAUCCGGCCUGAAGCCCAUUCCCUAUCAGGACUACGUGGAGAGGUACGUGAAAGCGUACUAUUUGCCGAGGAAAGGGUUGGAAGACUUCGUCACCGAGCGGACGGAGUACUCCAAUAAACAUUUGCUGGCGCUCGUCACGUGUGCUUGUGAGAAUAAAAAGGAUAGGCAGGCGUUAACAGGGAUCAUAGAGGGUAGAGAUUCAGCUGCGUAGGUCUAUACAGGUUUUUUAUUGUGAUAUAAGGAAUCGGCCAUUUGCUGUCAGUAACACUAGCUUCCAGAACUUGUACUACAAAGGUUUGAGGAUCACUGCAUCUCGAAGGCCAUGCAAUGUAAGAUGUUCUGGUAAUGACAAGUAAUGUUAUCUAUAUUUCUACAAUAACGCUUGGUGGAAUAAAUAAACAAAGCGAAGGUCUAACCGAAUUGGCUAUCAAGAGAUCUCUCGUCUAAGUAAAAAAGUGAUUUAAUGAAAUUGAUUGAAUUAUGAAUUCCGAAGCAUAAAACUCUGCUCAAAUUGUGUUUAAUACACUUGGAGAAAGAUCUGGAGACAAAGCCACAGCGAAUUCGACAAUAUCUGUCUCUUUUCUGUAAGCAUCAACUCUUACACUAGAAAAAGACAAGUAUUGGUUGUAUUUUCGUUUUAUCUCGUUGAUAUUUAUUGACAGCUGCUUCGUCCAAUCACAAUGCAUACGUCGUGUUUUAACGUUCUCUACGCAGCUUGGUAGAACCCUAUCCAGGUUUUAGUUCCAACAAGAGUAUAGAUACUGACUUUAUACAAAAAAAAAAUAUUAUGAAUUAUAUUUUCUCGAAUAAAGAUCUGUAAUAUGAAGUACCUUGUUAAAAGACGUUAUUAUAAUAUAAUGAAGUAUGUACUUAUGUAUAGCAAAUGAUUUAAAUGUAUUAAAUGAUUACUUUUAAA